CCAGGCAGAAGCAAUAGAAGAAUUUUAAAAAGCUUUGGGUCCAUUCUCGCUGGCGCACGAAGUCUGUAGAGCCAUUAGUGUCUUCGAGCUCGAGUCUGUGCGUGCCGAGAGAGAGGGGAUGGCGAUGGUGGAGAGGACAUUGUGCGUGACCGGAGCUGGAGGCUCUCUUGCUUCGCGGGUCGUCAAGAUUCUUCUCUCCCAGGGCUACAUCGUUCUCUGCACAGUCAGAGAUCCCAGUGAUGCAAAGUAUGCUCACUUGAAGGAACUAGAUAAAGCAUCUGAGAAAUUGAGACUCUUCAAGGCGGAUUUACUUGAUUAUAAUUCGCUCCGCUUGGCAAUUGAAGGAUGCUGUGGGGUUCUCCAUGUUGCUUCUCCAGUCCCUUCCUCCUCUGUGUCAAACCCUGAGGUAGAGCUGCUUGCACCUGCAGUUAAGGGAACACUUAAUGUACCGAGGGCAUGUUUUGAAGCGAAAGUUAAGCGAGUUGUAUAUGUAUCCUCGGUUGCUGCAUUGAUGAUGAACCCAAGCUAGUCAAAUGGUCAAGUGAUGGAUGA